CAUAAAAAGGCCGGGCUGAGCUGGAGAAAACAUCACCUCAGCUGAGUCGUAGACGCAGAGCACCAGCACCAUGGGCUACCCCAGUCUUGCUUGCUGCCUGCUUUGCCUAGUGUCUCUGACCUCUGCCUGCUACAUCCAGAACUGUCCCCUGGGCGGCAAGAGGGCUGUGCUGGACGUGGACAUUCGCAAGUGCCUUCCCUGCGGCCCCAAUGGGAGAGGGAGAUGCUUCGGGCCUAACAUAUGCUGCUCUGAGGAGCUGGGGUGCCUCAUCAGCACCUUGGAGGCACUGCCCUGCCUGGAGGAGAACAGGCUGCCCACACCCUGCCAGUCAGGUUGGAAGCCCUGCAGGAACUCGGGCUACUGUGCCACCCAGGACUUGUGCUGCACUACAGAGGAUUGCUUCAUGGAUUCCACCUGCAACCGUCCUGGGUCUGCCUUCUCCAAGAGCUGAGCCCACUUGGUGAUACAUUUAGGGUGCAUCCUUCCCUUCCCAUGGCCAUGGCCAGAAAGAGUGACAAAUAAAACAGAUUUCUUCUUCAAA